UUCAUCAGUCUGCGAUCCCAUAUCUUAUGUCCUCAACCGUCUUCCUACACAUCCGAUCAACAACCCCUCCCAAAUACAAAACUGGCAUUUUCUAUGGCCAGUACUUUGUCGCUGACAACGGUGUUUAUCUUGAGUAAUCUAUUCCUAUCCAAUAAUGAUAUCGUUAAUCUUGACUGGUUUGAAAGUGAGAUUCAAACAACUUGUACAACAAAAUGGGAGGGGUGGCCUUUGCCAUCAAGGAUAGGAAAGUCACUCCUGUUGUUAUUGAGUUUUCGGAAGGUUUCAGGUUCAACACCACCAACAAAAAAGAGCAAGAUGAUGAGACAAAGAUGGUGGGCAACAUUUUGAAUCUUUUAAAGUCCAAGGAAGCAUUACAAAUAGCGAAUUACCCUAUACCACAGCAUUACAUUCGUUUCUUUGGAGGAGAAAUCGUUUUCGAGUGUAUUUGCUUGCUGAAGAACGAAGAAUAUAUCAAGCGAAAGUACUUUACAAUCACUUAUCCAACGACUUGUGAAGAGCUAAUCUUGUUUGUGAAAAAAAUGCCACAUUUGCUCGAUUGGAAGCACACGAUAAACAUGCAAACCAAGCAAAUGCUGGGUUAUGAAUGAUAAAAAUGUCUCUUUUGUUAAUUUAUGUUUAUCAAUGCAUGUUCUUUCAUAUUGAUUAUUUUCAAUUUCCUCGUCAUUUUAUGCUUGUAACAUUCUGACUUGUAAUUCAUAUAACAAUCUGAGAAACAA